CAAACGUAAGUCUGGAAGAUUCGUACCAGUACAACAUUUGAGCGAACACACUCAAAACACCAAUCAGACCUGCGACCGGUACCACUCGGCAGUGCUCCACAUUUACAACCACCUGGUGUGAUUGAUACUUUUGUUUCUAGAAAGGAGCACAAAGCAAUGGACUUGCUGUCAAUUUCUUCCAACGAAAAGGCCGAAAUUUUGGAACAUUACAAUGUUUCCGAAGCACAAAUAAAGGCAGACGUUGAACUAAUUAAAUCUUGGAAGCAAAAACAGCCACAUCUACCGGAGAACAUAUCAGAUGACUUUAUUGCGAAAAUGCUAUUAAGAAAUAAAUUUAGAAUUGAACGUACGAAGGAAAAACUAGACAACUACUUUACCCUUCGAGGUUAUCACGAUGAUCUUGUUCGGGAUUUUGAAAACGUUGUUCCUUCGAAGCAUUUCGUCACGUAUCUGCCAAUGCCAAAAUUAACUCCAAAUUAUGAACGUGUUUUUAUUAUGAAGCUAAUUAACACAGACAUCGAAGCUUAUGACAUAAUAGAAAUUACAAAGUUAGAAUUGGCUGUAACAGAAGUAACAAUGCAGUAUGAUGACAGCAUAGGAGUUCGAUAUGUUAUCGAUUUUGCAGGAUUUACAUUAAAACAUCUGGCUAAGUGGAAUCCAGUUGUAAUACACAAACUUGUAACACUCAUUGAAAAAGCAUAUUCUUGUCGUAUAAUGGGCGGUCACUUUAUCAAUUGUCCUGAAUUCGCUAGCAAGAUCCUAGGAAUAUUUAAGAUUGUAUUGAGAUCGAAGAUUUAUGAUAAGUUGAAAAUUCACAGUAGCCUGGAGUCUCUCUAUGAGGUGAUACCGAAAGAAUGUUUACCUUCUGAAUGUGGUGGCUCUUGUAGUAACAUCCCAAGUUUGUUGAAAAAAUGGGAUGAAGUUUUUCAAAAUCACCGAAAUUUUUUUGUGGAAAAUUACAAAAACGUUUCCAUGGAGCAUUUACGAAUCGCAGAUUUGAACGGAAGUGAUUCAUUCGGACCUGACGGUACUUUCAAAAGAUUAACCCUUGAUUAAAUCAUGGUUCAUUUUUGAUUUAGGAAAAUUACGAAAUGAGAAUUUUCACGUUUUUGUCUGUGUCUCUGCUUUCGAAAAAUUGAAUAAGUUUGGUUAAAUAGAUAUUAUUAGUAACCAAUAGUUCUAACCUUGUAACUAAUAAAACUUUAAAACUUU